AAGGGACUGUGCUUGGAGGUGGGUAGAAACCAAGGGACUGUGCUUGGAGGUGGGAAGGAACCAAGGUGCUGUGCUUGGAGGUGGGUAGGAACCAAGGGACUGUGCUUGGAGGUAGGUAGGAACCAAGGGACUGUGCUUGGAGGUGGGUAGGAACCAAGGGGCUGUGCUUGGAGGUGGGUAGGAACCAAGGGACUGUGCUUGGAGGUGGGUAGGAACCAAGGGACUGUGCUUGGAGGUGGGUAGGAACCAAGGGACUGUGCUUGGAGGUGGGAAGGAACCAAGGGACU